AUGUUUGCUUCGUGGCUGACUUUCGCCGUGCUCUGGGGAACUUUCUGUGCAGGGCCAGGCCACGGGGAGGCUGAGACAAGGGAGUGCAUCUACUACAAUGCCAACUGGGAGCUGGAGAAGACCAACCAGAGCGGCGUGGAGCGCUGCGAGGGGGAGAAGGACAAACGGCUGCACUGCUACGCCUCCUGGAGAAACAACUCGGGCUCCAUUGAGCUGGUGAAGAAAGGCUGCUGGUUGGAUGACUUCAACUGCUAUGACAGGCAGGAGUGUGUAGCCACAGAAGAAAACCCUCAGGUGUUUUUCUGCUGCUGCGAGGGCAACUACUGCAAUGAGAAAUUUACCCACUUGCCUGAAGUCACCGGCCCAGAAGUCAUAUAUGAGCCGCCGCCUCCGACGCCGUCGCUGCUGAACAUCCUGGUGUACUCGCUGCUGCCCAUCGCCGUGCUGUCCAUGGCCAUCCUGCUGGCCUUCUGGAUGUACCGGCACCGCAAGCCUCCCUACGGCCACGUGGACAUCAUUGAGGAUCCUGGCCCACCACCCCCUUCUCCCCUGGUUGGCCUAAAGCCCCUGCAGCUCUUGGAGAUCAAGGCAAGGGGACGCUUUGGCUGCGUGUGGAAGGCUCAGCUGAUGAACGACUAUGUAGCAGUGAAAAUCUUCCCUAUUCAGGAUAAGCAAUCUUGGCAGAGUGAGAGGGAGAUUUUCAACACUCCUGGCAUGAAGCAUGAAAACCUUUUGCAAUUUAUCGCAGCAGAGAAAAGGGGGACAAACCUGGAGACAGAGCUCUGGCUGAUCACAGCUUUCCAUGACAAGGGUUCUCUGACAGAUUACCUGAAGGGCAACAUUAUCAGCUGGAAUGAGCUCUGCCAUGUUGCAGAAACAAUGGCCCGUGGCUUGUCCUACCUUCAUGAAGAUGUCCCCUGGUGCAAAGGUGAAGGACACAAACCUGCCAUAGCACACAGGGACUUCAAGAGUAAAAAUGUCUUGCUGAAGAAUGACCUGACAGCUGUGCUAGCUGAUUUUGGACUGGCCGUACGGUUUGAACCUGGAAAACCUCCAGGGGACACUCAUGGACAGGUGGGAACAAGGAGGUACAUGGCUCCUGAAGUGCUGGAGGGAGCAAUCAACUUCCAACGAGACGCCUUCCUGAGAAUAGACAUGUAUGCAAUGGGACUGGUGUUGUGGGAGCUAGUCUCCAGAUGUAGAGCAGUUGAUGGUCCAGUGGAUGAAUACAUGCUGCCUUUUGAAGAAGAAAUAGGUCAGCACCCAUCCCUGGAGGACCUGCAAGAAGUGGUGGUUCACAAGAAGAUGCGCCCCGUGUUCAAGGAUCACUGGCUAAAACAUCCCGGCCUGGCGCAGCUCUGCGUGACCAUCGAAGAGUGCUGGGACCACGACGCGGAGGCGCGGCUCUCGGCCGGCUGCGUCGAGGAGCGCAUCGCGCAGAUCCGCAAAUCCGUCAACGGCACUACCUCGGACUGCCUCGUCUCCAUCGUGACGUCCGUCACCAACGUGGACUUGCCACCCAAAGAGUCUAGUAUCUGAGUGCUGGGUCCUGGUUCACUUUUGUCUUUCCAGACUCAGCGGAUUUAAAAACAAACAAACA